UAUUGCCAAGGAAGCAACCCCGACCAGCUGAAAACGGGAUAAAAAGCGUGGUCAAAGAUUUAUUAGAUUUUUAUCAACAGUUCAAGGGAGUUAAGUACUCGAGUAUUGUUGAAACGAUACGUUUUCCAUUGGAAAAUGUUCAUUUAACGAGCUCUGGAGUUUUAAGGGACCCACAACCGCAAAACUUAGACCGAGUUUGGAACUUCACCCAAAACGAAUUCGUGGUCGCUGGAUAGCGAUUCAUGUAGUUUUCUGCCUCGCGGAGUUUAUACGGUAGUUGAGAGGAAGAUGCGAGCUGGUGCCGAAAAUGUUGACCAUGUCUACAGUUAAUCCUGUGUCAGACGAAAGAGCAAUUCGACAGUUGCCAACAUUGCCUAAGGCUAAAUCCGCAGGGUCGGGAGGCUCUGGUAGUGGGAACAGUUUAUCACCUACACGGGACUUUAAGCAGAUUGACAUCCCCAACCUCCCCCCUUUAGUCCCCCGGGACGCAGACGAGCUCAGUGCAAGGAGGGUUCAGGCCAGACCCACAAAGGUCCACACUUCCCCCAAUAUGCAUGCCAAGUCAAGGUUUGAAGACAAUCGACCAAAGGAAUUUAAUACAGAGCCACUGCCAUAUCAGCCUCAAUAUUUCAAAUCUUCCACGAUGUUGAAGAAAGUGUCCAUUCCUAAACGUCACCAAGAUACCUUUGGUGGUAAAGAAGUGGCUAUGACAAGACAGAAAGAAGUAAUCAUUCAUACAGAAAGAUACCAGAGAGAGUCUCCAAUGUUUGGUAUUGGAAAAUGGGAUGUUGAAUCAGACAAGAAUCCUCCAGUGCAACCACCACUGCCCAUUUUGUCCUAUGUGCAAACUCCCAAUCUGCAAGUGACCAAGAACACAUACAACUUUAACAAAAUCCGGCAGCAGUACAAUCUUAAUAGGGAGUCACAACGAGAGCGACAUCAGGCAGAAAAAGAUUAUGUCGAAUCUAUGAGGGGGUUAAAAAGAAAAAGAGAAGUUCUACCACACAGAGCUCCUCUAGAUUUACUUAUGGGUGGAAAAAGAGCAGAAUUCAAUGAAAGAGAGAGCAUAACAGAUGAAUUAAACAGGCUAAAAAGUAUAGUUUUGCCAGCCAAUGCCAGGGAUCUAUACCAUGGUAGAGGAAUCAAGUUACCUGCUCAACAUGCCUCAGUGAGUCCAAGACGCCCCAUGCCUCCAGAUGAAGCAAUGAUUACAACCUCGGCUCCUGCCACUCUAGUUCGGGUUCCAGUCUCUCACCAACCUUCCAAGUUGUCCCGAAAAUCCAAUACUUUCAUUUCUCAAAAACCCAAGAAAAAGACUCUUGCAGUUAUACCUCCUAUCAAACGCCAGGCAACUGUGCCCGAGGCCAGACCUGAAUUUAAGCCUGACCCCCAACCCCCUGUCAUAGCCAAGAAGGAAGAAACUGUAGUUAUGAGAGAGCCGUCUCCUCCAUCUUCUCCAUCUCCAGUAGCUGAGUACAAUCCCAUAUUAGGGGUAUUAGACCCCAGCAGACAUUCUUCCAGUAUAGCUCCAAGGACGCCACGGGUUCCAGUCCACAGUGACGAUGACGAUCUACAUGAUCAUGAUCAUAAUAGAGGACCGAGUAGAACACUGCCGCGUCCCAGUUUGGAAGUUCAACAAACAGAUGAGGAUAAAAUGGAGGUGGACCCACCACCAGAGGACACCACAGGCCAGAAAACGCCAGAGUCUGGCCCUGCAGCACAUAAGUCUACCACUCCUAACCCACUGAAGGGGGUAGAUUUAACUUCUGCUGUGCCUCAAGAUCAAAGAGAGGAGUUGGAGGUUGUUUUCAAGAAUUUAGAUACAGAUAAUGAUGGACACCUUAAAUAUAAUGAAGUAACCAAAGUACUUCCACAGGGAUUGUCCAAUGCUCAACAAAGAUACAUAAAACAGGUGUAUGACAUCACCAGUGCCAGUACCUUCUUUGGGGUUGAUGAAUUUGUGACGCUCUCUUGUUUGUGCCAAAAGAUGGCAACACUUAGUGGUGCUGCACAAGAUUCCUAUGAGGGGCUUGAUUUUGCUACACUACAGACGUCUGUCUUACAGUUUGUGGAGUUGUUCCAGUCAGUAGACAGGAAUGAAAAAGGCAAGGUCAGCAUAGAGUCCUUGGAGGAGAUCCUGGUGACACUCCUAGAAAAGAAUAAAGUAGAUAAUGUGGAGCUUUUCCAAGAAAUCAAGCAGGUUGUUGACCCAAAUGACGAGGACUCCAUUACAAAAAUAGACUAUAUUGCAUAUAUUCCUUACUUUUUGUCUUUAAAACAAAAGUCAUGAAGUAAAGAAUAGGGAUCUGACUGGGAAAGAGUCAUAGAUGUGUGCAAUAUACCCAUCAUCCAAAUGGAGACUUGAGAUUGAUUUGUGAAGUAGUGAAAGGAGGAGGAUUGAAGCAGUUUUGUCAGCAGCAUCUUGUUGCUCUUUGGAAAACCAUCAGGAUGCUUGUGUAUUUAUAGAAAAGUGGGUCAUCAGAUUUGCUUUAGAGACAAAAACUGGAAAACGGAUGGUCUUGGAAGAUAUCGAACCACAAUGUUAUUGGAGUUGAUCACAUGCUGUGUCUGUUCACCAAUGAAGGAGUUCCUUAUGAAGACAAAAACCCGUUUACUUUUGGAUUUGUUUUAGCAGUGAUUAAAUCCAUUUUUAAUCCAAUGACUUUUCUUCAUGUUCUAGACUUAAAAGUGGGAAACUGACAUAAUCUAAUUUCAGUCAUUUUCAUUCACUGAUUAAACAACUUACAUAUGUGAGGAUUGACACCAACAUGUAAGCACUCUUAAACUAUGGGUUAACUGUAAAGGAAUUUGAAAGAAUUAGUUAUUGAAUUAAAAUUAACUGAGACUUUCAAUCAAAAUGUAAAUGAACCUUGUGAUUUUAAGUCUUUAUACUUCAAGUAAAGCUGAUGUAUAAAAUAAAACCGUGUCCAUAAUUUUUUUGGUAAAUUGCAAGUGUGUUGAAAGAACGUUUAUUCCUUAACACAUUUUAUUGGUCAUAUGUAAUUGGCCCAACUGUUAACUGGUCUUAUGUAACCUUUAAAACAUUUAUUAAAGUAACAACUAUUUAACAUAAGACAGUCAUGUGUUUAUUUCAAAUAAUAAGGAUACCUUACUGAAA